UCACCUUCACCUACCUUUUCGCGUGACUCUGAUAUCACGGGUAUUGUCACGUGAUGUUUGGGUGGACCCCCCUCGGUGACGGCUCACCGAAGCGGGUCUCCGUACGAUACUUCACUUGACGCCGCCCCCUAAAACAGAGGACACACCCCACGCCUUGUUUCGCGGUUUUUAAAGCGUGAAGUGGCGUAACACCACAGCUGACACAUUCUGCUCCGCAGGAAUACCACCUGCAAUCAAUCCUCAAGGAGUCGGGCACUAGCAAUGACCAGGAAAUUCCCGUGCCGCCUCCUCAGGAGAGCCAGAUCAACUAUGAUCAACUCUAUCCUCUCCAGUUCCAGAAGCCCAAUGCAUAUAUCCGCUUCUCGCAGACUGUCGAGGAAUGCAUCGGGGUAUCGUAUGACAUGACAACAGAGGAUGACGAGUUUCUCAAGAAGUACAACAGCACAAGGAAGAGUGCAGCCCAAUUGUCCGAAGAUGACUUCGAAAGAAUCAUGGAGGUCUUCGAGGAGACCGCGGGGGAACAAGCCCCCUUUGCGUCCAUCGACAACACUGUUGUCAGUUAUGACAUGAUGGUGCCCUCACUCAACCAGCUCGGGUCGGGCAAGAUCAUGUCCCACACCAAGCAAAUCUAUGAGUACUGGAAAGCGUGUCGCCAGGAGAAAGGAAACACGUCGCUGCACCCCACUCUGAAAUUCGAGACUCACCAGGAAACCGACGAUACAGACCCCUAUGUCUGCUUUCGGCGUCGCGAGGCCCGCCAGACCCGGAAGACCAGGCAGCGAGAUGUGCAGAGCGCCGAAAAGCUCAAGCGUUUGCGCAAGGAGCUGGAAGAUGGCCGCCAACUGAUCAUCCUCACCCAUGAAAGGGAGAUGCUCAAGCGUGACUUCCUCCAACUCGAACGCAUGAUCUUUGAGCAGCGCGCCAAGGUGAGGGAGAUGAAGACCAAGCUGGGCAUCAAGGGAGACGAUGACGACCUCGUAAAUACCAAGCCCCAGAGAAGGAAGGUGCCCGAAGUGCCCACCAUUGCUCGCCCCACGGCAAGCGCAGUGCGUGUGGCUUCUCGGCCAGACGGUCGCUCGAUGGACGCGGACCUUGUUCAACUGGCAGACAGAUUGGCUGCCAAGGAUAAUGAAUUGCGCGCCGAUGUCGAGCAGAAGGUGCAGACCCAUCGGAAGUGGAAUCAAAACCACAUUGAUCUCACCCGCGAUCCGUUGUCGCCGGUCAGGGAGCAAGGCAUGGAGCUUAGCUUCCGCCCAGCCAAGGCGCAGUAUUUGAUGACACCGCCGGCGUCGACCUCGUCGGACUCGGAGGCCAUGGACUUGGAUGAAGAACCCGCUCCGGUGCCUGAUAGACGUGAAUUGCCCAUCUUCCGGUUCACGGCUGGCGGUGGCGGCGGCGGCGGAGGCAGUAUGGCCGGCGGUAAGCAUGCGCCGCCGUCAACCAAACAGCCGGCAUUCCGCAGGCGCAUCGGCCGGUUGAAUCGGUUGUGGAUCGACCGGCGCGGCAUAACAACUCCCCCUCGGGACGAUGAGACCUCCGAUCGAUGGAAGUAUGACCAGGACGAUGACGAGGAGCAGCCAGUGUAUGAGAUCGAUCCCUUCGAUACGAGGGCGCUCAAGUUCAGAGCGACAAUUCCGCUGUCGCCCUUUAUCUUCCCACGGAGGCACGUCGGGCAGGAGGGUAUGGUAAAUGGCCAUCUUGCGGGAGGCAGACCAGCACUCCCACAGCCGCCACAGCCGCCACAUCCACCCGCCCCACUCGCUCAACCCCCUCAGCCAGGCCCACAAAGUGCUGCUUCUGGCUUGACUCAACAAGGCUAAGCUGCCUCUUGAGAUUAUCGUCAUUUGAGAUUAUCGUCAUUAAUUCGAACUCUUUGCCAAGCAGCGUCUCUUGCUGUCGCGAGCGCUGGCGUUGGUAAGAGGUGUAUAUUUAGUUGCAGUGUUCGUAUAUACCCAUGGUUUCGGAGGGUUUCGGACGGUGUUCGGAGGCGUUGCCUGGUCAGGCGUCUGAUAGGCAGGCUGGUCGGCAAAGGAUCCAGGGGCGGCGGCGUUCAGGAUUGUCAUCAUGUAACGAGUAUGGGUCUGGAGCAUGCAUUAUGAGCUGGAGUUGAUGGCAUGCCGCUUUGAGACCAAUAAAUAAAAACAAUAGAUGCUUCAAUUGCGGAUAAUGC